CAAGCGCUUACAGGUCAUAGACGAUCAUUCUCUACGCGAGCCCUACAGAUCUCUGUAUCUUGCUCCCUGCCGCGUCUGCCUUUUGUGGUUGAGGGACGCCAAGGCCAUGGAACCGAACGUGCACCUUGGCAUCUGGACCUCGACGUCGCACGCGUGCUACCCCGGCCUAAUCGCGCUGGUGGGAUCGCUCACGGGAGAUGUCUGGCCUAUUUUCAGCAACGCAGAGUGCCGUUUUGGGGGUGCCGGAAGUAUUUGGCCCGCCAUCCUUUUUCGGGAUUUGAUGAUUUGGGGAAAGCUGGGGUAGACGAGUAGGGGGAAUUGAGAUGUUGGGGGUCCUUCGUGAAGUGCAAUAAGAUUCCCAUCGUGCCCGUGCGGUUCGAGGGGAUGGGCUUUGUUCUCUCUCGUCCAUUCCCCGAUUGUUGAGAUCGGGUUCUUCCAGAGACAACAAGCAACCAUGGAUGAGAAAGGAAUCAACGUUGGCGGCGUCAUGGUAUCCCAGGAACAUGUCGCCGUAACCGAGGGCACCGGCGCGGCGACGAGUUCACCCCGUGCAAAGGCUAAGGUGGUUCACAAUGCCGAGCUCUACGCGGCUAUUCAGGAGACCAAGAUCGACUACAAGAGCAGAAACUCCUUACACCUCUAUUUCGCGGUCCUUGUUGCGUUUUGUUGCGCCUGUGCCAACGGUUAUGAUGGGUCACUCCUUACCGGCAUUGUCGCCAUGAGCCAUUUCCAAGAUACCUUUCACAGCGGAAAAACUGGCACCAUCGUCGCUAUCAUGUUUUCUCUUUACACGGUUGGCGCGAUGGUCGGCAGUCCCUUCGGCGCGAUGCUGUCCGACAAAUAUGGCCGCAGGGCAGGCAUGUUCUGUGGCUGCUCAAUCAUUAUCGUCGGCAUGAUUAUUGCGUCAACAGCCUUUACGAUCGCGCAGUUUGUCGUCGGUCGUUUCGUGCUCGGCUUUGGCAUUUCCAUUGUAACCGUUGCCGCCCCGGCUUACUCCGUUGAGAUCCCGCCUCCGCAUUGGCGCGGUCGAUCUACCGGCUUUUAUAACUGUGGUUGGUUUGGAGGUGCUAUUCCUGCUGCUGCUGUAGUUUACGGCUGCAACAAAAUAGACAACGACUACUCCUGGAGAAUCCCAUUGAUCGUGCAAGCGUUCGCCUGUAUUUUCGUUCUAUUUGGCGUCUGGUUCAUUCCCGAGUCGCCUCGGUUCCUCAUGGCGAAUGGCCGUGAGGAAGAGGCCAUUGAUUUCUUAGCCAAGUACCAUGGUAACGGCGACCGUAAUUCCAAGCUCGUUCAGCUCGAGAUUGAGGAGAUGAAGGAAGGUAUUCGGCAGGACGGUAUCGACAAGAGGCCUUUGGAUUACCGCCCCUUCCUCUUCAGCCAUAGCGGCCGCUGGCGAAUUCUUCAGGUUUUGAUGAUCUCCAUCUUCGGUCAAUUUUCCGGCAACGGACUGGGCUACUUCAACACAACCAUCUUCGAGAUCAUUGGUGUUUCGUCUAUAGAGCAACAAUUGGCAUACAACUUGCUUAACUCUGUUCUCUCCGCAGUUGGCGCCUUGACCGCUGUCGCUUACACUGAUACCAUGCCUCGACGAAAAGUGCUAAUUAUUGGAACAUUAGCUUGCGUUGCAGCCCUAGCUACCAACUCCGGUCUUUCUGCUGCUCUCGAGGCCCAAGGAGAACACAUCCAAGACUCUUAUGCUAAGGGAGCUUUGGCAUCUUACUUCCUAUUCAACAUCGUAUUUUCCUUCACCUACACCCCUCUUCAGGGUGUCAUUCCUACAGAAGCCCUGGAAACUACUACGCGAGCAAAGGGCCUUGCCUUCUCCAGUGUCAUCGUCUACGCCAUGGGGUUCAUAAAUCAGUUUGCUGGUCCUAUUGCCCUAGGAAACAUCGGGUACAAGUACAUCUAUGUAUUCGUUGGAUGGGACCUAGUUGAAACGGUGCUCUGGUACUUCUUUGGUGUCGAGUCCCAGGGCCGUACACUUGAGCAGCUCGAAUGGGUCUAUAACCAACCUAACCCUGUCAAGGCAUCCCUCAAAGUUGAUAGAGUCAUCGUUGAGGCAGAUGGCAGAGUUAAGGAGAAGGUCGUAACGAGUCAGGCUUAGAUAUCACAUACUAUGUUGGCUGAUAGACAUUAAGGGUUAUAGAAAUCUUUGUCUGGUUUAUCAUAGUUAGCUUCAUAUCUCAUGCGGCAUA